CAAAGUGGUAGCCUGACAAAAGAAUCAUAAUGUCUAUCGGUGGUGAAAGUGAAAGAGCUUAUCAUAAUAAUAUUUUAUGAAGUUAAUUUAUAACCUUACGAUCUAAAUAUUAAAAUAGUCAUGCAUGAUUCUACAUUCAGUCAUAAACACACAUAUGUUAAAGGUCAUGGUUCCAAUCAUGUUUGAGAAAAGCGAGUGCCCUAAUGUAGGAAAUGACAGUUUAUAUACACGGAUGUCAGCACAGCCCUUUUACAAGGAGAAUCAAACAGAUCCAGAGCUAGAACAUAAAGUCAAAAAAUUUGCUGAUAAACUUUCAGAAACUGUGAACAUCAUUGCUAAUGAGCCAUCUUUAGCAUUUUUUCGUAUCCAAGAACAUGUUAGAAAAACUUUACCCCAACUUGUUGAUCAAAAGCAUGAAGUUGAAGACAUUCAAGCCAAAGUUCAAGGCUCAUGUUUUGAUGCAGAGUAUGCCACAAAUGCAGUCAAGGGCAUGCUAUCCAGUGCAAUACAUUUUCAAAAUAUUCAAGAUUUAUUAAAAAAUGCAAUGUUCAUGAAACAGCAAAUUUCCUACGCAGACAAAAGAAAGAUUGUGAAACAUAGUCCCAAUGGGGCUUCAACUCAACAGUUAGAGAAGUCAGGGGAUAGACAUCUACAAGCUGACCAUCAAUUAUUACCAGAAAACAUUCCUAAACAACUAGUUGAAGAUUCACAAGAAAAUGAAGAAGUUGAACAGUACAUGUCAUUAGGAGUUAACAAACUCUAGAUUUGUGGAUCAGUUCUAGCAUUGGCUGUAGUUUAGAAAUAGGAUAGUAAUUUAAGUUAUAAUAUUUCUAUUUUUCUUAAAGAAUGACCCGCGGGUCUGAAUUAAAUUAUAGCUAAAAUAGAAUUUUACAGAAAAAUUAGUUCCAAUUAAUUUUCAUGUAAUAUUGAAAUUAUUUGUAAAACAUUUUUCUAUAUAUGAUGCAGGAAUGUUUAUUUUUUUGAGUUUUCUCAUGUAUAGAAAAUAUUUUUCAGCAUUCUCCAGGAUGCAGUCUAGGUUGGCCUGAGUAAUUUGACUAUAGUAAACAAAACACUCUUCUGUUACUGUUUUUCCGUUACCAUUACUACAGACUUAAGUCUUUUUGUUUGAAAAGACAGCUUUGAAAUGCAGAAUAUAAAAUGUGUUAUUGAACUCUGUGGAUUGUACAUUUUGAACACUACUCUUCCUUUGAAGCUUAUGGUGCUUUGCUCAGGAAUAAAUAGUUCCUGGCAGUUUUUCUUUAUAUAGCUGAACAUGAUGAACUGAAUGUAUUUGUUUCCUUUUACUUCCUCCAGUCAACAUGUGUACCAAGUGGGUUUACUUUCAAAGAAUUUAUUAAAAAAAACAAUCCCAACUGAAAAUGUUAUAGAAAGUUAUGUAGUCUGUCAAAUCCUGACAAAAAUAUUUUCUUAAUUCCAUGGUUUGUAUUGCCAUUCUUAGAUGACACAUAUUUUUUUGUUUGUUUGUUUGUUUGGUAUCAGGACCCUAAUUAUGUAUCAUUAUAUAUUUAAAAGCCUAGGUAAUUAAGUAUAAUUUUAAUUACAGCAUGUGUGUGUAUUAAAGAAAAAUUAUGUUUUCUUUUUACUUGAUAAUUAUACUAGUCCUGAAGUUCAGCCUAACAGACACACCAUACACACUCAGUUGUACAUACACUGUGUAUGAUGAUUUAAAAUAAAAUAUGAAUUUAAUACAAUGAUAUUUAUACAAUGAUAUUAAAAUGAAUAAUGUGAAUGAUAAUCAGAAAUAAAUAUGAAGAUAAUAAGUCAUAGGUUGCUUGGCAACAUUGACAAAUCAUUCAUAAUGAC